AUAGUUUUCUCUUAGGUGUUACUUUAAAGCAGCUCUUGUUUUCUUCAGAAACCCAAAGUAUAUAACAUAGAGAUGGGAAGAGCUCCUUGUUGUGACAAAUCUAAUGUGAAGAAAGGUCCCUGGUCACCUGAAGAGGAUGCAAUGCUCAAAGACUUCAUACACAAACAUGGAACUGGUGGCAACUGGAUUUCUCUCCCACAAAAAGCUGGCCUAAGGAGAUGUGGGAAAAGUUGCAGAUUAAGAUGGCUGAACUAUCUAAGGCCUAAUAUUAAACAUGGAAAGUUCUCUGAUGAUGAAGAUAGGAUAAUCUGCAAUCUGUUUGCAAGCAUUGGUAGCAGGUGGUCAAUUAUAGCAGCUAACUUACCAGGUAGAACUGAUAAUGAUAUCAAGAACUAUUGGAACACAAAGUUGAAGAAGAAACUUUUUGGCAUGGUUCCCCAUAGCUAUUCCUCAUCAAGUUUUUCAAACAUUACCACUGCUGGAUCAGUUCUCCAAUCACAGCAACAUCGGGGGUUUUCCGCCAACCGGCUUGGCCGGAACAAGGACUCGGAGUUUGGAUACGGUGGUGGCAGUGGUGGAAACCAUGGUGAUCAACAAAUUGGCAAUUUGGAGAGUUUUUUCUACAAUGAAGGUGAUAAAAAUGACCACCACAACCUCAUGUACUCAUCUCGGGAUAUUGCUAAUGGAUUUUCGAGCUCCGUCGGUUCAAUCAGUUCAAGUUUCGAUUCAAACUUUUUGUACGGUGAAACAACAUCAUUAGAUUAUGGGAUAGAGAGAAUUAACCAGCAAAUUAGUAGUACUUCUUCAAGUUGUGAGGGCUUUGGUUUCUAUCAACACAAUGCAAAUGAUUAUCCAUGUUAAUUUGAUA